CUAUUUCAUUAGAAAGUAUACAAAUUUUCUUCAGAGCAUCUAGUCGAUUACCUUUUGUUUUCAAUCUAAUCUUUUGACAGACGUCUUCUUUAGCGUAAGAUUUAUUUAAUCAGAUUUAUUCUUGUAAAUCUAAAAGUGGAACAAUUCUAAAGCAAAAUUCUAUGUAUAAUGCAGUAAUUUUCAUAUAAUUAAAAACGUGAAGCAAAGGUAUAUUUUAAUACCAUUUUUAUUCAGUGAUUAGUGAUUUUUGUCAUGGGUUAGGUACAUGAAACACAUAUGUACAUUUGAAUUACCUGAAUAUCUUGUGAGAAAUGUCGAAAAGUAAAUCUUCACCAAAGUUAGAAGGCAUGGAGAACUAUAGCAGUAUCGGCGAAGGCGAUAUUGAAAGGAAAAAAAUUCUACCUCGUAAAGAUUUUGGAAGACAAUGGCAUCGCUUUCGAGUUCUAACGCCGCGUUCGUUUAUACUUCGAGGUUCCUACACGAUGAGCGAUCACCGGUUCAAGUAUAAAAGUCGAGGACGACAAGCGGCACCAUGCUCGGUGGUUGCCAUCGUUUACGGUCGCUUAUUUGAACCGAAGGAGUGGACGAGCGAUCAUAUCGAUCAAAUACUUGAGUACGGUGACAAGUUGUUCCGCAAAAAUUUGACGAGAAGUCAACUGAAGGACGAAGACUACAUGAGGCCCACUCACAUACACAAUGAAUUCUAUAUUGGUUUCUACAAAAUUUUGGUCAAUAUCGAGGACAACGGUGUUCACGGCAAUGUCUUUAGCGAAUCGGAUUUUGCUGAAGGUCUCCGAAAAUUUUUGAACAACAAUAAUUCCGGAGUUAUCACCGCUCAAGGUAGUUCCAUCGCUGUAUGGCGUCAAUCUAGCGAUGCCGGUUUCUUCUAUUACGAUCCGGCAUCAUGCGACGAGACCGGUCUACGUUGUCUUGGUGGUACUGCUUGCCUUAUGAGAUUCACGUACAUGAAUGACUUGCACGAUCAUUUACUGAAGAACCUAAAUUGGCGCCAUGACUCUCGAUACUGCAUCGUUAAAGUCACUAUAUUGCGUGCUACAGAGGUUGGUCGUGGGUUCGUUGAUCUAACUGAUGUCGUUGGUCUACCCGUUGUCCGGAAGAGCGUAUUACGAUCCAUUAAUCCCGUGGACGUCGAUGAUCAUAAAAUGGAUUGCACCAAACCCAUGCCCAAGAAAGAAAAAUUAUAUACACUCGCAAGAAUACGGAAAGAACCAUUGUCCAUCAACAUUUCCAAUUAUAGCAUCGAUCGUCAUUUUGCCACAGAUUUGCUGGUGAAUCGAAACGAUUUUGACACAGGAUAUUCAUACGAUAACAUGCGCGUGAAUGUGCCGUCCACAUUUAGAGAAUUACCCGGCAAAAUAGCAAUUCUUCAUGGUCUGACCCAUGAAGAUAACGAGAUAUACAAAGGUAAGGGUGGACAAAACGUAGCGAAUUGCGUGAUGGCUAUCGCAAUGAAAAAAGUGCAUCCGGUGAAGACAUGGAUGAGAUCGACGUUGGACGAGAUUCUAAUGAUGGGUGAUACGCUGUACGCUAACGUCAAACUCGUCAAGCCAAUAAUAAAGAUGAUGACGGCUGCCGAUUUAGAUGAUACAAAGUUUCAAAUAGAAGAUCAUAAACUAGUGAUAGAUGUCGAUUUGAUCAUUGUGACUGGGACAAUUAGUUCAAAGGUGCCGUCAGUUUUGAACCUGAAGCAGGGACUGGAAGAAUUUUUUCUGUUAAAUGAGGAAGGUGUGAUUGAAACGACUUCAAUGGCGGUGGCGGUCUGGAGCCAGAAUGAUUGUUACUAUCUGUUUGAUCCUCGACGUUGCGAUGCUACCGGGAUUAGGAUAAGGGAAGAAAAAGUUAUGGGGACGGAUAGGAAGGAAGAAAUAGAAGGACAGAAGGAUAAGAAGGAGAUAGGAAAUUGUUGCGUAAUUCGAUUUCCAGACGUCGACUCGUUGAUUGCGCUGUUCUUGAAGAGCAUUGAUCCUACGAGAAAGAACGAUCGAUUCACUAUUCGGCAUAUCACAAUCGUGGAUGAUGUGCCUGGCACUCGAGCUUGGAAUGAAUUUCAGCCUGGUAUGGCGGGUAAGACGUGGGUAUUGCGAGGUAAAAUAUCCAAUGUGGACGAGUCAUUCGAGGAGGAGAACCAAGGACUUCAAGGUCUCGCCAUGCCAGUUGUGGCUUUGGUGAGCGCAAGGGAAAUACCAGCGGCGAAAUGGAGUAGCGAAACUAUCGACGAAGUGAUCAAGGAGGGCGACGCUUAUUACAAUUGGUGCAAGCCUGCCGAAACGGAAGAAACUGAAAGAUUGCUUCUUGUUCGAGAUCUAAAGAAGAACUUGUACUUAAAAAAUCGAAAAAUAACUAUCGAUAUCGAAGAGGCAACAGUUGUCGGCGAUUUAUUAGCAUCGGAUGAUUCUAAAGUGCCAAAUUUGGAAGAAGGAUUGAAUCAAUUCUUUGAGAGCAAAAAUUAUGGAAUAAUCGAUACGAAAAGACUCUCAGUCGCAGUAUGGAAAGACGAAGAAGAGAUCAAAAAUAAGAAUAAAGACAAAAAUAAAAAAUGGAAGAUAUUUUAUUAUUACUUUGAUCCAAAUCCUCGUGAUAAAUUAGGUCAACUGUCGGCGGAGAGAGACGAAGAGAAUUCUGCUUGCUUGGUGCGCUCUUUGGAUCUUUCAGCCCUAGCGGAUUUAAUUAAAAAGAAUGCGGGACAAGAUGAAGGUGGGAACGAUUUCAUGAUACACGAAUUGAAGAAUGUUUCUAUCGGGGCACUGAUGACGAACGAGGAAAUUGAGGCGGAUAAACAGAUACCGAUCGUGCCAGAUUUGAAUAACUAUUCCAAUUUAGGCAACACUGGCGCUUUGCUUUUAGGUACCAUCGAUCAAAGAAAUGAAUUAGCCUUCAAACGAACAACAAGAGAUAAACAGCAAGCUGCUAAUUCUUUGACGACCUUGGCCAUGACAAAACUUUACAAUCCUCAUUUGUGGUAUCAUGAACUUAUAGACGACAUCUUGAGGAUUGGCGAUAAACUCACCCUCAAAAACUUGACGAAUUUACCUGAAAUAGAGACUGAAGACGAAGUCCCCAGAAAUUACCUUCUCCCCUCGGAAAUCACAGAAGACUUUGCCAUAGGAGUUAAUCGAAUGUCGAUCGAACUUGAAGAAGAGUCCAUCACUGGAAAAAUGACUGAUCUGACAAGACUACUCGAACAGUUUUUCGAAGGAAAUUCGAUGGGAGUUUUUCGUCAGGGUAACGUAAUGAUGCCGAUUUGGAAGGAAGGCGAGGUGUUCUUCACGAUGGAUCCCAGGAGCAGGAACGUUCAAGGCGAACCCAAAGAUAAGGACGGAGCUGCGGCAGUGAUGUGGUUCACCGAUAUCCCCUCGUUAACUAGCAUUCUUCAGUUAGUUACACGGGAAGUCGACAACUUUGUCAUCGACGUUGUCUCAAUUGAAAAUGUGUACGAGACGCGAGUGGCAGCAGUUGAACGUGUCAAGAAGACCACAUCCGGUGAAGAUCUAUGGCAUCAUUUUCCCAAACUCGCCGACGGCGUCUGGAGUAUUGAUGGUAACGUCACUAUGACAGACGAAAGAUUCGAAGAGGCAAAUCGUGGCAAGCAAAGUGCGGCCAUCGCCGCUAUGGCCAUCGUCUUCUCCAAGGUCUACCAACCGAGACAAUGGACACCAUCAGUUCUUGACGAAGUUAUUGUUACUGGCGACAAGCUGCACUCAAAGUGUGUCGAGAGACUUGGCAGUGGUUCGGUACCCUUAGUAAACGAGAUUAUUAGUGAGUUUUUCCUGUCCUCUCGGCGCAUCGUUCUAACAAUCAAGGACUGCGUUCAAGCGGGUAGUCUUAUUGGGAAAUCUCCCAAGAUUCAAGAUUUGCGGAGCGGAAUCGAUAGUUUCUUCAACAAGUACGAAGCUGGCGCAUUGACCGUACGGGGAAAUCAAAAUUUAGCCGUGUGGAAAGUCGAUAAUGCGUAUUACGUUCUGAUACCCGACUGGUCCGCUACGAAAGAAAUCGUGUCAACGAUACCGCGAUUAAUCAGGUUCAAGGACGCGGAUCUCCUCAUAGAAUAUCUUUUGCGUCAUUUGGGAACCGAAGGCGAUUAUCAAAUUACUGCGAUCGACGUGCUGGACUGGAAUAAACCACCACUUUGGAAACCCGACCCUAGUCCGGCGAUUCGCCCAGCGAAUCUGCCUCCUUUGAAUGCUUACAGAAAAUUACGAGGCGAGGCGCGUGCUAUCUUGCAUGGAAGCUAUCAUCAAGGUGACAGGAUAUUUCCCGAUAAGCUGCGUGGCCGACAAACGGCAGCGAAUUGUAUCGUUGCACUCGGUGUGUCGAUCGUUAAGAGCCCCGUCACCUGGACGAAAAAGACUAUGGACGAGAUCUUAGCGAUCGGUAGUAGCGUUCACCAGGAGACAAGCAAGACCAAAUCCAUCGAAUCGAAACUGAAACCAAAAGACAUUAUCAGAGUAUUCUAUGUGGGUGUCAAUGUUUUGACCGUUGACGUCGAGCCUAAUACCGUAAUCGGUCUGGUAACGGUUGCACCUUUUGUCUCGGAAGAUGAGAAGAUGCGAGAAGAGACGAAAGAAAAAAUUUACAAACGCAAGAAGAGAGCGGCUCGACGAGAACGAUCGCCGCCUCUCUCUUCGUCUCGAAUUUUACUAGAGGAAGGUUUACAGAAAUUUUUCCAAGAUAAUCGUGCCGGCAUUCUAAUAACUGAUCGCGGUAUGAUCGCUAUUUGGAAGGAUCUGGGCGUCUAUUUCAUGUACGAUCCUAGAGCUAGAAACGAGCAUGGUCUGCCGGAUUCCCGUGGAACCUCGUGCAUAAUGUGGUUCGCUUGCAUGGAACCUCUAUAUGAUACAAUCUUCGCGAACAUCGAUCCACAUGAGAGAUAUGGGACUUUCGAGAUCUGUCGGGUGAUCAUAAGAAACGUCAUUAUCGAGGCACUACCAUGUCCAGGUGAUUUUCAAUUAUAUUUAGACCGUAUCACGCCACUCGUCCCAAUUUCCUGCCCGAAAAAGACAAUGUUGAGCGUGGAGUCGCUGAACAAAUACCACGUCGUGGACGACGAGCUGAACGUUCUGCAUGGCAGCCUGCACAUGAACCAUCAUGCCUUCAGCCUGAGAAACAGAGGUCACCAGAGCACGGCGAUUGCGGCGGUCGCCGUUGUAGUGGGAUUACUGCACGUACCAUCCACAUGGACCUCCGAGCUAAUCGAUGCCGUACUUAAGUAUGGUGAUUCGCUGUACUCGGAGAGUGCUCGAGCCGCUCGAUCGGGCGCUAGAAAUCUCUCGCCCAGCGAAUUGCUCACAGUGUUUAUCGUGGGCGAUUUGAGGGUCACCAUUCACGUUCACCAUCACACUACCGCGGGAAUACUUCAUGCCUUCGACCUGUCCGAAGCACUUGUCAUGUUCUUUCGCGCCAACUGUGCCGGAAUAUUACACACAACUAAUCUGGCAGUGGCCGUGAUGCAGCAUUACGGUAAAUUCUACAUGUUUGACCCGUGCUCGAGAAACAAUCGGGGCAGAUCCACCUACGACGGCGCAGCAUGUAUGUACAAGUGUAAUAAUAUUGUAAAGAUAGCCAAGAUAUUCGUGGACAAUUGCAACUUUAAGCAGCCGAACGUGUAUACCUUAAAUGCGGUUAAUGUAUCGAACCUGCAUUUCUUUUCGACCACAAGUCCAUCAAAACAUUAACAAAUCUCAUCAGUUUUA